CGUGUCGUUUAAGUGUUAAGACGGUCGGACGCUAGACCAAAAAAGUCUUAUCUUAAACACGCCAACACAACAGGAAACACAAAAUACCAUUGACGAUUAUUUGAAAAAAAUCGAAAAGGAAAAAGUGAAAUCUUCAAAAAAAAAAAAAAAAUUACGAAAAAAAAAUACAAAUCCUCAUUUAAGGUGACAUUAAUAACCCUAAGGAUUUGCCAAAUAUACCAUAACAGAAUUAAGGUGUCUCUUCAAUGACAAUCGAGUCAAGUGUUGAUUACGUUAAGCGUUAAUAUCAAUCGGGUGGGUAAACCCUCGUCGGCAUUUCGGAAUGUAGAGCUGCGGGACAAGGCUCGCUCGUUCGUGCGUUCGUCAGCUCCCAGAGUCGGCCGGGCGUGUAGUGUUGUCAAACGUGUGAUGAUGUUGCAACAAACGGUUGAUUUCCUCGGUCGUGAGGCAUAAGGCUUUUUUGUACAUUGAUGCCACGGAUGCUCCGUUUCCGUUGUUGUCGUGCUGGUUGCCGUUGUUGGUGUAAAUAUCGUGUAUUCUAAAUGCGAAGGAUAUAAAAUUCAACAAUUCAUAAAGAGUAUAGUAGAGAAGUGUGUUCAGGAGACUCGUCUAAUGAAAUAUUAAUGACAACGGAGGAACAAGACCAGCCAAAUUGAAAUAAUCAAGAAUCCAAACAAAAAUAAUCGUCCAAAAUACCAAACCACUGAUGCUACAAAAACAUUCAUCCAUCGCAAUGCCAGAAAACAGCCGGCAUUGUUGCGGAGGUGUUAAGGCAGGAAUACAUUAAUUUUGCCCAGAAAUAUUGGUAAAUAUUAAAUUAAUUCUAACAGCAAAAGACAAAGUUACUUUGGACCCAGACGAAGAAACAUCAAGAAAACAUCAACGUCAAAUGGGAAAACUUCAAAGAAACUUAUAAUAAACUACACGCUGUGUUAGACGGGGCGCAAAUACCAAAAGUUUCCAAGAGCCAGGACAUCGCCAUCGACUGAGUGAGAAAGUUAGGGCGAGGGUGGCUUCUUAACCUCAAGAAAGGAUAUGGAUAUGGAUAACAGCAGUCGCAACAACAACAACAAUGAAAGCAGCAAUAUAAAUGGAAUAAAAUAACGAUAGAAAACAGUAUAAAAGGAAAGGGAGAGGAAGAGUGAAAGAAGAAUAACAAACAAAUAACGAACGAACAAACGAAAAAAAGAGAAAUAUAAACAACUUUGAAAGCUGCCGCAAAGAAAAAGAAAACAAUGAGGCAAAAAGUUAACUUACACAUGUGAUUUAACAGCAUUUCUGCAGAUACGGAGAUUUUUUCCCUUUGUUUGAGAGCGAGUCGGUUGCCAAAUAUAAAAAUAAUAAGAAAAGUUACCAAGUUUUGUACUGAUCCACCUUCCAAGACCCCCUUUCUGCCUCCCCAACCAAUCCUGCAUGCCAGCAAGGAAUAACGAUUUAUACAGAAUCGUUUGGCCCUUGGCUGACUGCAAGAAACAAAAAAAAGGGAAAACAAAAACAUUGAAGAAAAAACGCAACAGAAAUCAUGUGGCAAUAAGUUAAGAUUUUGUGCUUUUGUAUAUGUGCAUACACAGGCUUACAGACAGACAUAUGGGCAUACAUUCAUACGUACAUGUAUGAAUAUACCUGACUAUAUACUCAUAUAGGUUGCUACAUAUUAGGUAUUACUAACGGGAACGAAUAAAGGAUCAGAAUAAGCCAUAAAGUGAGAUUUUCGUUAAGGACUUAGUCCAUAUCCACACUCGCAAACGCACACACUACACAAACAACCGAGUGUGACUCCUGACGGCAUAAAAUACAAAUAAGAAAUUUAUUUUAAUGUCCUUUAUACAUCAAAUACUCGUACACCCUACCGAAGACAACUAAAUGUAUUUAACGUUAUAAAACGACCAAUACGCGACAUUAAAUACAACAUAUAACAAAUGCCCAAAAAUUCUCACUCACAACAAACGCGGAGAGAAAAACUCCUGCAAGUAAAUAAAAAGCACAGACAUUCGGCAAACUUUUGUGCAAGCGAUAGCAUUUAUAUCCUGGCAUAAGACAGUCAAGAAAGCAGAAAGAAAUUCUAAACAAAAAAAAAAAACCAAAACCUACAGUACAGAAUAGCGUGUAGGUACCUACAAUUUGAUAUGUGGCGGUGUCGGUGGCCUUUGUGUUACGUUUUAUUAAGGACCUCUUUCAGCACAAUACAAUAUAAGCCAAACCAGGGCAACACUUAUAUGUGCGUGUAUGUGUCUGAAUCUUGUAGCAAAGGAAUGUGUGACGUCCAAUGCUAAGGGGCGGUACAAAGUUAAAACAUUACAAAAAAGCAAAAACGAAAUAGCGUCAAAAAUAAUACAAAUGCACAACACGUAAAGUUGGAACGAUAAAAAAUUGUAAAACGUAGAAUUUAAAACUUUCUUAAACAAAUAAACGCGAGACUUUGUAUAAAGCGUUCCUUAGACAACAAUUCUGGCAUACUAACCAAAUAAAACUCAAAUAAUCCUCAAGCAGCCAACAACACAACCCAUCAUAUAUAACCAUGUUAGAGUGUGUAAGACUGGCACUUACGGUGUAUACGUUUUAAAUGCGCGCAAUCAUUUAUCUUUCGCCGGCAAUAAUAACGAAAACAAAAAUCUCCAUUUUUAUGUAAUGAAUAUCGUCUAGGGAGAUUUCAUUUAUUUCUGCCUUCGCUUCUUUAGGAUCAAAAAAAAAUCAUCUUGAAGGAGAUAACCUAAACGAAAAUCGUAAAAGGAUCAGAAACAACCACCCACCAAUCCAUAAAGGACACUUUGGAGAUUUUCUACAACUCCAAUCAACUUAGCAAACAAACAAAAAUUUAGCUAAAAAUGGCUUUACACAUAGACGCAAAUAGUUGCAGCAGGGUCCUGCGUAUGGUACUAUUAUUGCUGACUUUAUUCAUGGAAAACACACACGCGAGAAUAGGUUACUUUUGGCACAUAUCAGAUCUUCAUCUUGACACAAUAUAUUCAACGCAAGGAGAUGUAACACGAAGUUGUUGGCGCAUCGAACGACAGCCACCACCCAGUUCGUCUACACAUUCGCCAGGUCGUUAUGGUGAUUACCUCUGUGAUAGUCCUUGGAGUCUAAUUGAGUCUGCUGCAAAAGCAAUGAAAACAAGACAGGGUGAUAAUGUUGAAUUUGUCCUAUGGACAGGAGAUGGUUUAUCUCACUCAGCACAUCCCAUGAAUGAAAUGAAAAAAUUGGAAAUCCUGCGCAACAUUACCGAUUUGCUUGGUCGAACAUUCUCCUCGCAAUUUGUAUUUCCGGUAUUAGGACAUGAGGAUGGUACAACAACGAAUUUCCGGCACAUGGGCGAUCUGUGGCGACACUGGCUGCCAACUGAAGCAUUGCAUACAUUCGAAAAAGGUGGCUAUUAUUCCAUCGAACAAACAAAAAGUCGUCUUCGCAUAAUAGCAUUGAAUACAAAUUUUAUGCGCCAUGAUCCAAAAUAUGCACAAAGCCAUUUAGCAGCUGUGCGGCAACGCAUGCCGCCCAAUUCCAUGAUGAAUGGCGGUGGCGGCCCCAGCAUGGGCAUAGGUGGUGGCUCUGGUGGAUCCGAUUCAUCAGAAUACAAGAAUUAUUAUUACCAUCAUGGCAAUAUGCAUCAGCAUCAUGGUCACGCCAGUGAUUGGUCCUCCGGGCAUGGUUACGGCUAUGGUGGUGGUCACCAUCGUGGCAUUAAUGUAAUGCCGGCUGGCAUGCACUACAAUGGCAUGGACAACGGUGGACGAGUUAGCGCUUUGUCGGAAUUCGAAAACCAGGAUACGGAAAAACAAUGGAUAUGGCUGGAAGAAGUUCUAUCGAAAUCAAAGGCUAACAAAGAAACGGUGUACAUAGUUGGCCACAUUCCACCAGGUUCGGAUGAACGUCACAUUGGACUCCAGCAAAAUGGGCAUACAACAUUCACAGAAAAUAACAACAAGCGUUAUCUGGAACUAGUACGCAAAUACUCAGCUAUUAUUCAGGGCCAAUUUUUCGGUCAUUUACAUUCAGAUUCGUUUCGAAUAAUAUACGACGACAAAGGCAAACCCGUCUCAUGGAUGAUGAUGUCGCCUUCCGUUACGCCUAGGAAGAUGAGUGUUGGGUCGAAUAACCCAGCCAUGCGUUUGUACAAGUUUGACACGGAUUCCGGGCAGGUUUUGGACUACACCCAGUACUACAUGGAUUUGCAGACGGCGAACACCCUGGGGGAGCCUAACUGGGUGCCAGAAUACAAUCUUACACAUUACUAUGCCCUGAGUGAUAUAUCAGCGAUUUCUUUGCACAAUUUUGUGGAUCGCUUUACCAGCAACGAUGGAUCCUGGUUUGCCAAAUAUUAUCGCGCAAACAGUGUGCGCUACCCAACGGACCCUUGCGAGAAUGUCUGCAUGCUUAAUCAUUAUUGUGCCAUUACUCGAGUCGAUUACAAAGAAUUUCGACAAUGCCUAGAGAAGGAACAAAGUGCUCUUCGUUCAAAAGCCAGCCAUGUGAAGCACAUUAAUAUCAAAUUGUUAGUACUCCUGGCAUUUCUCCCUUGUCUUACCGUGGCUUAUCUGCAGGGCAUCUUUGAGACCAUGCUCGCCCUGGCCAGGAUGAUAAUUAGAUGUCAGCAAGAAUGUCAGCUUCAUAUGAAUGGCAGAAAAAUCGCAUACGGUUUUAAUGUGAACAUUAUAGAAAUACCAGUGAUGUUGAAAACCCCAUCCAACACAACGCAAAAUGCAAAUCCUACCAUCUGUAAGGCCGAGGACAAUUGUAAUAAUUAUACUAACCGAGGGAAUAUCCAGGUGGCAGGUAGAGUCAACUUUGAGCAUAGCUGCAUGCAACAGAAGCCAAUGAGUGCAAUACGUGGUCACUAUCGUACGAAUAGUAGGCAGGCUGCAUGCACCCGCAUAAAACAUGGACCCAAUAAUGAGUUUAAUCUUCCCAAUGUCCCCCUUCACAAAGGAGGCAAGCAACCUAGCAGAUAUGUUGUGAUUGCAAAGAUUGCAUUCAUAUCCAGGCAUGUUGUUGAUGCACACGACUAUCGUUUGGUAAACCCAAGGCAAACCACAGGAAGCAAAGAGAAUAUCAUGAAAACUAUUGCGGUUAAGGGUUCCCAUCCAUGGUGGCAUACAUCGCGGCGGCAACAGGAGGAGAAACUAAAUUGGCCUGGGCUGGAAGAAGCCGAACAGGCCCCAUUGACCUCCAGGUGGAGAUUACCACAGCACCACCACCUUUCAUCCCAUGUUAUGUACUUCUAAUUAAAUUGCUAAUCUCCGGGCCUUAUUCAAAAGGUUAUGAUGCUGUGAGCGUGUAAUUUGGGUUUUCGAAAUCCUAUUUUCAUUUGUCCUCUAUAUCUAAAUGCGUUUCGUUAUUGCUUUUGGCUUUAAUUGCACUUUGUUGCCUAGAGUUGUAAAUUAAGUUGCUGUUAUAUAAGAUAAAAUUUGUUGUUUUAAUCCUAGUACUACACAAAAACGUAUAGACAUAAAUUGACAUUCACCAACACCCACACACACACAUGUAUACUUAUAUAAACAUAUAUACUGAUGCAAAUUAAUGCAACACACCCACAAACCAGCACACAUACAUACGCAAAUUACCAGAUAGACAGACAAACAUAUAGCAAUGUAAUUUAAAGAUUAUGCGAUUUUAGAUGUAAGCCAGUAAUUAAAACUAUUGUAUGCAAAUUGUUGUGGGUAGCAGGCUUAAGCAUUUGACAUGUCUGCGCGAGGAGUUCUUAACAUACUAAAUAGUUUCAGUAUUAAAUCUGAGUCUUGUAAUAAUUUUUCACCAAUAGUUGAAAUCCAUAUGAAAAUGAACGCAAAAUUUAAAGCUUUAAUACAGAGUUCAUCAUGUUACAAUACUUUCAUUGUACUUUUGCAUUUUUAUACCCACCACCGAAGGAUGGGGGUAUUUUCAUUUGCUAUUCCGUUUAUAACACAUCGAAAUUUCCGAUCUUAUUAUCCGAUUUCCUUGAAAUUUGGUAUAAUGACCUAUCUUAGGCUGAUAAGUUCAGCCGGGCAACAUCUUUGGAAUCCACCACCAUGGAUUCUUCGUAAAAUUGACACAAAAUAAAAUUAGUUGAAAGUCACUAUUUUAUUCUAUGUAACAAAUUUCUGCCAAACCAGGUAAAAUUUAAAGCUUCUGUUCAUUCACCGUAACGUUGCGUCCAACAGCAUCUUUGAAAAAAUACGGCCCAAUGAUUCCACCAGCGUACAAACCACACCAAACAGUGCAUUUUUCGGGAUGCAUAGGCAGUUCUUGAACGGCUUCUGGUUGCUCUUCACUCCAAAUGCGGCAAAUUUGCUUAUUUACGUAGCCAUUCAACCAGAAAUGAGCCUCAUCGCUGAACAAAUUUUGUCAAAAUUUGAACACAUUUCGAACCGAACACUGAUUUUGGUAAUAAAAUUCAUUGAUUUGCAAGCGUUGCUCGUUAGUAAGUCUAUUCAUGAUGAAAUGUCAAAGCAUACUGAGCAUCUUUCUCUUUGACACCAUGUCUGAAAUCCCACGUGAUCUGUCAAAUACUAAUGCAUUAAAAUCCUAACCUCAAAAAAAUCACCCUUUACAAACCGAACAAGGAAAAUCGAGAGAUCGGUUUAUAUGGGAGCUACAUCUGUUUAAAGACUAAUUUGGACCGUUGUUGGAAGUCGUAACAGAACACGACUUGCAAAGUUUUUGCCAAAUUGGACAAAAAUUGUGGCUUCCAGACGACAAAUAGAGAGACCGAUUUUAUGGGAGCUAUAUCAGGAUAUACAUCGAUUUUUACCGGGCUUAAUACAGUCGUUUGAAGAACGUAACAGAACACUACAUGAAAAAUUCUAGCCAAAUUGAACACAAAUAACGGACUGCUAGGGCUGAAAUCGGGUGAUAGGGUUAUAUGAGAGUUAUUUCAGGUUAUAGACCGAAUUAAUACGUACUUGACAUGGUUACUGGACAGAACGCUACAUGCAAAAAUUCAGCCCAAUCGGAUAAUAAUUGCGGCUUCUAGGGGCUUAAUAUGUUAAAUCUGGAAAUCGGUUUAUAAGGGAGCUUUAUCCACAUCUAAUCCGAUAUGGCCCAUUUGCAAUCCCAAAGACCUACAUCAAUAAGAUGUAUCUGUGCAAAAUUUCAAGCGGCUAGCUUUAUGCGUUCGACCGCUACUGUGAUUUCGACGGACCGACAGACAUAGCUAGACUCAAAAUGUCCAGACGAACAAGAACAGGUGUUACAAACGGAAUGACUGGGUUAGUAUACCCCCCAUCGUAAGAUGGUGGGUACAAAAAAAAAGCUAGAUGUCAGUAAAUUACGUGUUAUUAUUUCUAACAUACCAAAUUGACAGUAUAUAAGCCUGAUUUAGUAGUAAACAGUCAUGGAAAGGCAAACGUCGGGAGCUGUCAAUUUCAUCUAGUUGGUUACACAUAACACACAAUUAUGGAUUUGAGACAUUGAAUAAUGAGGUAGGUUUAUAUGAAGGCGAUAUUCAAAGCUAGCAAUUUGUGAACCAUAUUUAGCAUGUAUAUUUGGGGGCGCUUGUUUUUAUAUCAUGCACCAUAUGACGGGGUAUACCAACUUCAUCACUCCACUUGGAAAACAUCGAAAUGUAGGUCUGAGAUCCUAUAAAGCAUAUAUUAUAUUAUUGUUCGGCUUGACAUUUUAAGUCGAUCUAGCCAAGUCCGUGCGUAUGUAGAAAUCAAGCUUAUUUUAACUCGAAAUUUUGUUAAAUUACUUUUUUGUUAGUGUAGGUCGGUUGGGAUUGUAAAUGGUUCACUUCGGUCCAUAUUGAGAUAUAGCUCCCAUGUUAAUCGAUUUCCCGAUUAUACUUGAAAUUUUGAUAAUGACUUCUUCUUUGACCUCCAAUAGAUGUACUAAAUACAAUCAUAACGUGUUAUAGCUCCCCUAUAAACAGAUCAAGCAAUUAUACUUUUUGACAUUUUAGGGCGAGCAAUCCGUUGUCAGUUAAGCAGGAUUUUUGCACAAUGAUUUGUUCUACAACUUCCAACAGCAUCCAUAUAAGCAGAUCUCCAGAUUAUGCCUCUUGAACCUCUAGAGGAUGCAAAUCUUAUUCGAUUUUCUGAAAUUUUGCACGAUCAAGUCUCCUACGACCUCCAACAGUUAUCCUAAGUAUGGUCUGGAUCGAUCAAUUAUCUGACUUGACUUCUUGGGCCGCUAUAAGCUGCAAUUAUUAUCCAAAUGGACUGAAAUUUUGUACAUAAUGUUCUGGUACGAACAUUACGAUUUGACGUUUAUAGCACCUAGCACCUUUAGCCGUAAUAUUUGUCUGAUUUUGCUUGUUCAUUGUAUUGUAUUAGGGCCAUAAAAGCCUUAGUUAUACACUACACCACCAUUGUGUUGCAGGGUAUUACAACUUAUUGCAUUUGUUUGUAACACCCAGAAGUAUGAAAUAGACCCAUUAAUAAGUACGUAUACCGAUCGACUCAGAAUCACUUUCUGUUUCGAUUUGGUCUUCGUUCGUCUUCAAAUUUGGCACAUACAUGUGUUUUGGCGUAGAGACGAAGCCUAUUAAAACUGGAAGAAAUCGGUUCAGAUUUUUAUAAAGCUCUCAUAUAUAUAUUCGUCCGAUUUGACUAAUAUUGCAAUAAUGUAAUUGAGUUAUUUGUAGUGCAAGAAAUUUAUAUAUGUAGCCCGAGAUAUAAUUAUAUCUAAGGCCAGAUAUAGUUAUACAUAUAUAGCAUAUCCUUUUGGAUAUAAUUAUAUAUAGUUGGAUAUGGCAGAACUUUUUAGAUCUGACCAUAUCAUUUUUUUUACUCCGGUAUUAAAAAAUAUAUUUUGUUCUUUUAUUGCUAUUUCAUACCAAUUUUUUUUACGCCCGUAUUCCAAAAAAAAAAUUAUUAUGGAUUUCAAAUCUCUUUUCUAUUACACACUUUUUGCUUAAAAAACUGAUUUAAAAAUUUCGUUCACCAAAUCGAUGCAGAUUAUGUCAUGCUCAGGGCAGUGCUGCGUGAGUUCACCAUCUUUAUUGUUAUUUCUUCAUUGGACAACUUACUGUCCAUAAAAAGUAUCACCCUCGACGUUCUUGCGAUGACACUGUACCAUCUCAAGUUAUUGGGACUGGCCUUUAAGAUUUUUUAAAAUAUUUAUUACAAUAAUGUCAUUUUCAGAGAAGGCGCCAAUUGCCUCCUUACACUCUAAGAUAGUUCUUGAAAAUACCAUCUUGGUUUUAACAGCCCUAAAAGCCAUUUACUAUCUAAGUAAAUAGAUGUUCACACUCGACAAUCUCACAUGUAAACCGUACCACCUGACGCAUUGCUGCUAUGGUCAGCAAGGGGAAGCAGAACUAGAUCUCUGAGUUCUCAAAAUAGGCACCUGGACCAGCUCUCUCCUCUAGCUUUGAUUCGUACGCGUAGCAUGAACUAUAAGAUUUCCGUCAACAGAAGAAAGUGACGCUGGAACAAGAUUUUCGCAAUCGAUUUCAACUGAUGUUGUUAUUGUCGCUACAUUUGUCUUGGUCCUGAUCAAGCUCCAUAGGCAUGGACGACCGAUCGCCGCUCGAACUUUAUAGCGAUUGGUUAUUUAAAGGCGCCAAUAACUCGCCAUGUCAUAUGGAGUAUCAGAGGCAUUCAGUAUUUAAGCAAGAGCCGGUGCCAGGCGACCACUUGAUAAUGCUGGAUGUCUGAGGCUGCAGUUGCAAAUCACACAAAUCGGAGCUCAAAGCUCCAACCCGUGUUGUGCUCAUAGUCUUCCCGUGUUGGGCUGAAUCAGUUAAUUAGUUCUCAUCGCCUCGACUAACCAAGACCUGUGUAAUAUUCCUGUUAGAGAGGUGUCGACAUCAUAUUUUUAUUUUUUGCACCACGAGCCAAAGCGAAAGACACUCUACGGUUGAUUUUAUAAAUCAUUAACUUGAUUGUCCCGGUUCGAAAACGCGACUCCUCUUUGUCAACAUGUUGAAAAUUGGCGAUUGAGCUGGCAUUUGAAAUGACGAGUCUACUAAUGCUUUCACACAACCACACCGUACACCACCUAUACGGUACACUGUAUAUAUUGUCCAAGAUCCAAUUUAAUAUGAAAUUAUAUAUAAUCUGAGGCAAUAAGAUGUUAUUAUAUAUAAUUGGAUAACAUUGGACAUGUGCUAUAUGAUACUUUAAAUGUCACAAAUGCCACAGUUCAGAUUAAUCUGAUGACGUUGAUGUAAUUCACCCAAAAAUAUCUCUAAAAUAAGCUAUACAUGGUUCCACAAAAUUAUUUGGCAAAUGUUAUUAAAAUUUGUUUUUAGAACUGUAAAAAAAUUAUUAUCUGGGAAAAUCGAUUAUCCGUAAUGCCUCCGGUCCCAAGGAUAAUCUAGAUCUGACUGUAAAACCAUUUUUCGGAUCUGAUUUUAUAAGACGCCAGUUAUAAUUAGAUCUGAUUAUAUCAACUUUCUUAUACUCGAGUAAUUCUCCCAAAAGGGAGUGAGUCGAUCUUAUGACCAUAUAAAUGAAUAUCAUAGAUUUUAUUAGAUUUUAUUAACUUGUAACGUUUCGCAGCUUGGUCGUUCUUUUGUCAAUGAACAAAUUAUUGCAGUUGAUGCAGCUCAUGGAUAGUUAUAACUGAAGCUAUCAUCCUUGAGCUUCAAGCUCCCACAUGUAUACCGAUCCCUCUAUUUCAUUUUCUUUUAUGCUAAGGCCAUUAAGUCGUGUCUUAUAAUCCAUGAAGAUGAGUACCAAAGUUUCGGCUAAGAGUUUCGACCAAACUUCAUACUUUUUUCCUUUUUAAAAUUUAAAUUCAUUUCCUUUCAAUGUUUCUGUUAACUUUCACCCAUGUGGUUAUUUGCCUAAAAAAAAACUCCUCUCUUGCGCAAAACCCACACAUACUCAUAUUAUAUGCUAAGUAAAUGUAUGUAAAAAUUCUAUUUAUCUUACAAAUAAGAACAAAAUAAAAAAAUCUAUUAAAUAAAUAUUUAUGUAAACUUUAUACUCAGUAUGUUAAAUUUAAACUAUUGAUUGAAAAGCAUUACAUAAUAUAACAACUUUACUAUUAUAUAUAAAGUAAAUUUUGUAAAAAUAGUGUCGAAUAAAAUUUAACAUAUAUAUGGGCUGCAUUGCGAUUCUAUAUAGGUAUGUGUAAAAACUGAAUAACCAAAAAUAUAUGUAUAUGUAAUCAUAUGUGUGUAAGUGUACAUGAAAUUAUUAGUAUUUAUUAUACAGAAAAUAAAAAAAUACUUAAAAAAUCGCAUAGGAUUAGCUUAACAAAUAAUUAAAAUAAAAAGAAAAAAUACUUACUCGUAUAUACAAAUAAUGUAUAAUUAAUAUGAACAACCAGUGACUCACAAACAAAUAAAACGCAGAGAAGCAAGGAAAUAUAAUUGUCUCAAAAAAUAAAAA